GCAGUUCUUCACCAAGGGCUACCAGGAGACCAUCUCAGAUGUUCUGAAUGACGCCAUCUUUGAUGAAGAUCAUGAUGAGAUGGUAAUUGUGAAGGACAUAGACAUGUUCUCAUUGUGUGAGCAUCACCUCGUUCCAUUUGUUGGAAAGGUACAUAUUGGCUAUCUUCCUAACAAACAAGUACUUGGCCUCAGCAAGCUUGCUAGGAUCGUGGAAAUAUACAGUAGAAGAUUACAAGUCCAGGAGCGCCUUACCAAACAGAUUGCAGUUGCCAUCACAGAAGCCUUACAGCCUGCUGGAGUUGGAGUGGUCGUUGAAGCUACGCACAUGUGCAUGGUGAUGCGUGGGGUACAGAAAAUGAACAGUAAAACAGUCACCAGCACCAUGCUGGGGGUGUUCCGGGAAGACCCAAAGACCCGUGAGGAGUUCUUGACACUCAUCAGGAGCUGAAACUGUCACUCUCUGAACACACUCUGGAGCUUGUUCUGUCCAGUGUCACUGUCUGUUCUUACUCGUUCCUCCAUCUCACUUCUAAACUAAGUCUUUGUGAAUUGGUAUCCUAGUCUUUGUGCAGUUAAAGCCUUCUGAUGGGAAA